CUCGCCAAGGUGACGACGGCAGUGGCGACGGCCCUCGCCCCCACCUUCCUAGCCCGUAGCCCCGUCUGCUUACACCUUCAUCGCUAAUCGCCUAUGCCGCGGGCGAGGACGACACGGGCAAGACACGCUGAUUCGGCGGAGAUCCGUAGAGGCAGGGGCGGAUCCGACGGGGCCAACGGGGUCCGGCGGAGAUCUGCCUGCACUACCGCCCUCGCCUCCUUGAAUCGCCCCUGCCUCCACGGACCCCGCUGACCCCCAUCGGACCCGCCCAUGUUUGCCUCGCUCUUGCCAUCCUCGCCCGCGGCACAUGCAGCCAGCAUCGCCACAGAUUCGUCAAUGCGUUACAUUACAAGGUCGACGAUGUCACCCAUCAAAACCCUAGAUCUGGUGCCCAUCGGUCAAUCCCCAGACCCUUGGCCUGUCGAUCCGGCCAUGGCCUCCCGCCGGAUCCUCGCCUCCCUCUUGCGCUCCUCAGUUCGCCGCUCUACGGCGCCGCGGCCCCCCGCCUCCACCCCUAGGCCCCUGAUCUCGUCCCGACCCUCUCCGGCUGGAUUCUUCCUCUCCCUCGCCGUCGAGUACGCCACCGCGGUUGCUCCCUCUCCUGCCCCAUCGACCCCGCCUCCGAAGACCGCUGCCAGUCCCAGUGGCAAGAUCACGGAUGAGUUCACCGGAGCGGGUGCCAUUGGGCAGGUAUGCCAGGUGAUCGGCGCCGUCGUCGACGUCCGCUUCGACAAGGGGUUGCCGCCAUUCUUGACGGCUCUCGAGGUGUUGGACAACUCGAUCCGGCUUGUCCUGGAGGUGGCACAGCACUUGGGGGAGAACAUGGUGAGGAUAAUCGCUAUGGAUGAGACAGAGGAGCUCGUUCGUGGGCAGAGGGUGUUGAACACCGGCUCGCCGAUCACUGUACCUGUUGGUAGGGCCACCCUUGGGAAGAUCAUGAAUGUUAUUGGAGAACCAAUUGAUGAGAAGGGUGAAAGACCAACGACUUCCUUCCCAUUCAUUGUGAAGCACCUGCUUUUGUCGAGCAGGCAACAGAACAACAGAUCUUUGUUACUGGAAUCAAGGUCCAGGCCCUUCUAUAAUACAGUAAACUGCACUUUGGUUAUCAUCCUUAGUUUUGACUAGCAAUUCUUUUUGCGCACUUCCUGCUACUUGUGUUCCUCUCCUGAAGGUAGUGGAUCUUCUUGCACCUUGCCAGAGAGGUGGUAAGAUUGAACUGUUUGGAGGUGCUGGUGUGGGGAAAACUGUACUUAUUAUGAAACUGAUUAAUAAUGUUGCCAAGGCUCAUGUUUGGUCACUCA